AUGUUUAGCCAAGAAGAAUUAGAAUCUUCGGAUUCUCAGAACGAUCUUCCAACCACCUUUUCACCAACAAAUCCUUUCGGUAGUAUUUCCUCAAAUCCUUUCGUCAACUAUUCCCUAAAUCCCUUUGCUUCCGACCCGCAGUUAUCUGAUGAAAGUAUCUCGCAGCAAAAUGAACUAGCUACAAACUCAUCCGCAGCUGUAUCUUGUACAAAUAAAAAACGGAAACUAGAUAUUGAGGAAAACAGUGAGGCAAAUUUAAAAGAAAUUGUUGAGCGCAUGGAAAAAAUAUUUAUAGAUAAGAUAGAAAAAUUGGAAUUUGAAAACAGGCAGCUACAUGACGCUCUAAAUAAAAAAAUAGAUGUUAUAGCUAGAAAUACGGCUCGUCAGAAUGCAUGUAUAGAUGAGUUGAUAGCAGCUACUCGCCCAAGGGCAGGUUUGUAUGUCAGAGAGGAGGAUAUGUUUAGUCCUAUUAACAGUCGUGAGGAUAUGGACAAGUUGGAAGAAAAUUUAAAAGAAAUCAAGUACAAAGAGAAAUUGAUGCACUGGCUUCAACCUCAAGUGACAAGAGUAGAUGCAGAGAAUCGUCUGCACGAUACUAUAGAUUUAAUAUUUACUAGGAAUUUUUUUGCAACGAUGAACUGGACAGGGAUUUCGAAAACGCCAGGUGUACAUAAAAUAGGUUUAGGUAAUUUUAAGAAUAUUGUUAGUGUUUUUGUAGAUAUAGGUAGUAACAAUAAUUUAGUUUUAGAUAGAAAAUUCGUUGCUCAGUUUCUCAUGAAGAAGCUGAGCCAUGCGAAAGAUAGAAUUAAAAUUAGCGAUAAUAAACAAACUUCAUGUCAUGUCAUGAAACGACAAUAA